AGUGAGGCGCCGAGUGGAACGGCCUCUGGUGACAUUUUCUCCGGUCGGCGCGGACGAGUGAAGGGACUUGGUGUGGUGGAACCUGCGGAGGCGGCGAGAUUCCCUUUGGCCCCGGCGGGGCUCUGACUGUGCCUCUCUGCUCGCCGCCGGGGCUUGUGCUGAGGAGGAGAAGGCGGCGGUGGCCGUCCCGUUCCGAGUCACCGCAGCCGGGAGAGUCCCGGCUUGGGGGGGGUCGGCGCGUACCCCGACGGGGCGCGCGGGGCGGACGAGGAGGUGCGGGGCCGCCGCGAAGCGCAGGUUGCUUUCCUGUUGCAUCUUUGACGUAGUUUCCUAGACCUUGCUCCAUGAUUAACUCAAGAGUGUGAAAUGAAGAUGGAGGAGGCAGUGGGAAAAGUCGAAGAACUCAUUGAGUCCGAAGUCCCACCAAAAACAUCCAAACAAGAGACAACUAAGGAGGAAGAUGGAUCUGUAGAACUGGAAUCUCAAGUUCAGAAAGAUGGUGUAGUAGAUUCUACAGUUCUUUCUUCAAUGCCCUGCUUGUUGAUGGAACUGAGAAGGGACUCUUCUGAGUCUCAGUUAGCAUCCACAGAGAGCGACAAGCCAACAACUGGUCGAGUUUAUGAGAGUGACUCCUCUAAUCACUGCAUGCUUUCCCCUUCCUCUAGUGGUCACCUGGCUGAUUCAGAUACGUUGUCUUCUGCAGAAGAGAAUGAACCGUCCCAGGCAGAAACAGCUGUAGAAGGAGACCCUUCCGGGGUGUCUGGUGCCACAAUUGGGCGCAAGUCUCGGCGGUCCCGAUCUGAAAGUGAAACAUCCACUAUGGCUGCCAAGAAAAACCGGCAGUCCAGUGAUAAACAGAAUGGCCGAGUUGCCAAGGUGAAAGGUCACCGGAGCCAAAAGCAAAAGGAGAGAAUCAGGCUACUGAGGCAGAAACGGGAGGCUGCUGCGCGUAAGAAAUAUAACCUGUUGCAGGACAGUAGUACCAGUGAUAGUGACCUGACUUGUGACUCAAGUACAAGCUCAUCAGAUGAUGAUGAAGAGGUUUCAGGGAGCAGCAAGACAAUCACUGCAGAAAUACCAGGUCAUUUAGAUCCAGGAUUCCUAGCAAGUGACAAGACAUCUGCUGGCAGUGCACCACUCAAUGAAGAAAUUAAUAUUGCUUCUUCAGAUAGUGAAGUGGAGAUUGUGGGAGUUCAGGAACAUGCAAGGUGUGUCCAUCCUCGAGGAGGUGUGAUUCAGAGUGUCUCUUCAUGGAAGCAUGGCUCGAGCACGCCGUAUGUUAGCAACCGGCAAACACAGUCAUGGACUGCUGUGACUCCCCAGCAGACUUGGGCUUCGCCUGCAGAAGUUGUUGACCUUACCUUGGAUGAGGAUAGCAGACGUAAAUACCUACUGUAAUACAAUGUCACUGUGUUUCCUCUGCACUGUUCCCUUCCACUUCCUCCUCCUCUUUAUGACAUGGAAGUUCAUUGUCAUAGCUUCAGCCUCAGAAGCUGUUUGUGGCAUUUGUAUAAUCAAAAAUCAUGGAAAAUUGCCCCCCUCCUUUUUUUCUUUCUUUUAUGUAAAUUAAAGAAGUCACUUAGGAAAAUAACUUAAUUACAGAGAAAAGAAUUUCUUUCCCUCAGUAGGAAUAUGAGAAUGAUGAAUUUAUUAGACAACUUCAUUUUACUUAGUGACUUUUUUCUUAGGAAGCUCUGCCUUCCUUUUAGAAUAAUAUUUUAAUUACCAGGUAAAAUGAAUUUUAGUGUUUGAAUCUUGUAUUUAUUUUUCUGUGUAAUAAAAUUAAUAUCUAGACUUGACCACUGUCAGCCCACCCAUUGGCACUCCCACCUUAGGGCAUUUGCACACAUAUUAGUCAGGUCCUUAUUGGCACCUAGUAGGGCAUGUGCAUUUGGAAACCUGUCCUUAGAAAUAGAAGACAAAAGUAUUACUUUUCUUUUAGCUUAAGUCUUCUAACUUCUUUCCUGACUUUGUUCCUGGCUGACUUUCCACAUCACGGAUAAUUGACAUGCCCCUUUGUAUUUAUAAGUACUGCUACGAUGACUUAAUUGGUCUCUUUGUUGCAAUAAUUCAUAACUCUUUGGAAAAUGUCUUCUUUUGUGGCCGAGGCAUUUUGGAUAGAUAGCCACCACGAGCUUUUCUGGGCAUAUGAACAGAGUACUGAGAGAUCAGUAGGAAAAUGUCUCUUCCUCACCUUUUUUUUCCUGAUUUAUUCAAAUAACGGAAGAACAUAGAAACCUGUUACUUAGCUAGAAUAUACAGAGUUGUGUGGCUUCUAAGGCUUUGGGCACUUGUAAAUCUGAGAGGAAAGUGCCUUUUUUCAUGGCUGGUCUCUCCAUAAAAGAUAUUCGACAACUGUUCAAACUUGAGCUGAAAUUUACCUGAUUCUAUAAUUGGGUAUUUUUCUCCUCUACCAUCUAAAAUUAGAAAAACCAAAAUACACCAUAAGAAACCAGAUGCAAAGCACAUUAAUGGCACUGUAGGUUUUACAGUAUCUAAAAGGUAUAGCAAAGGGUAGUAGGAGCUUCAGGGAAUUCAGGAAAUACCAGUGUUAGAGUUUGUGGCAUUAGUUACUACCUUUUUUCCUAUGACAUGUUAUAGUUACUAGUGAAUUAUUUUACAAGCAAUACCUAGAGUUAAAACACUAUGUACUGUGCACAAGGAGGAAUGAAGUAAUAUUGGCUUAGAAGACCCUACCUUUUGUUUUACUACACUUUUUCUUGGCCUUUUUUGAGUUUUUGGUUCCAUUUUUACCACAUAAUGUUGCUAAAGCCCUUUGCCUCCCUCCCAACACCUUGCUGGCUCUUCCUUAUCAUAAGAGCAUGAGAACUACCGUUUCUUAGUUUCAUUCAGUAGACACUCAUUUACUAAGUGCCUGUUCCGCAUAAGGCACUUGCGGGUUGCGUGCUGUGGGGCCGCUGAGAUGAAUGAGACAACCCCUGCGUGCGCAUGCACCACAAGACUCCACCUGCCUGGCCUUUGUUUAUGUUUCGGAAAGACCAGUCGUUCCUUUACUCUUCUUCCUGCUGCUUUACUUCCAUACACCUCUUCCCUGGGAGUGUAUUUCAGCAUGUGUUCUUGGAGCUUCUCUGAUAAUAUUGAUGUGGCCUCUGUUCUUCAUCUUUUUAUUUUUCUGUCAAUCUACUUUUAAUAGAUCAGGCCUUUAAAAGAUAACUGAUCUCCAGUUUUAGCACCUCAUAUCUCAAGUCUCUCACAUGACCACAGUUCUAGACAAAAACCAAAGACCCAGAGGCCAGAGCAAAAUAGGACCUUCUGCAGAUUCACUACUGGUGUAUCAUUGGACCUUUACAUUUUACUUUAGGAUUAAUUUAUUAAAUUUUACUGUUACAUGUUAGUUUUGACUUGAAUUAAAAUGCUAGACAAAGCAGAAAUGUACAAUUUCUGGUCUGUGUGUUUCAGGAAAAUCAUUGGGAAAGAAUAGAAUGGAUUAUUUGACUUGAAGUUAUUGCAGCUUAUUUUGUCCCCAGUAUCAGGGUAGAGCCCCAUAGAAUGUUUUGCGUUAUGUACUCUUAAUGUUAAUGAUAUGUUCGUCCAGUUUCAUAGAGCUGGUGAUUUCCCAUGACAUAUUUUCUUUAGCCCCUAGUAGUCAUCCUCCUAAAGAGGAUUCUUUUGGUGUGCUGUGUGCACUGUGGAUUGGGGACAGAGUGAAGCUGUAACCCAGCUCUUUCCUGGCCUUUUGCUUUUACAACAGGUUGCACUUUGUCCUCACCUGUGCCUCUCCCAGCACCCUGCCUACUUGAGUUGAUGUACCAGAACAGAUCAUUAGAAAUUAAGAUGCAAAAAGGGUGGGGAAGGGACAGUAGAGACAGUCAGCUUUUUUCCCUACUAGAUGGGAACUUUUCCACAUACUAACUAUAGAGAGACUCUGUUCCAGCUCUUUUUUCAUUGCCAGAUCCAGUAGAGUAGGAAUGUGGUUUCUGGCAAGGUAUUAAUGACAAAAUUCUGUGGUAAACAACUCCUGUGACAUUUGAAAUUUCUUGUAAGGGGAUCUUUUUUAACCAAAGUUUGCAUUUGGUAGCAUAAAUACUUCUUUAUUCUUCAUAGAACAUUGUCCAUUCAAAGUAGUAUUUCUUCUAAAUGGUGCACUUAGGUCACAGAUUGGUUUAUGGCACUAAUUUGGUUAAGUCUCCCCUCCACCCAGUUUGAAACCACAGAGCACUAACCAGCUAUUUAUUACAUCAUCAUGACUGCCCUGUAAUGUGGAAUUGCUGCUCACCAGUACUUGUCUUUUCAUUUUGUUGGAAGGGGCCAGACUGAAUGGACUCCAUUAUUCUUUAUAAUUGAGCAUCCCUUAAACUGUUUUAUUAUCAAUUGUGAAUAUGAACUAUCUGAUUUACUAAUUGAAUCAAUUGUUCAUUGUUACUUUGAGCAGGUUAGCACCAUAGGUAACUUAAAAAUGAAUUUGUUGCCUGCUUUUUUGUACUGUGUCACAGUUUUUGAAAAAGCUGGGGAGACAAUUUUGUCUUCUGGUUUAACUUUUUUUUUAAGGCAGAGAGCCCCAUAUCCCUGUUUUCUAGUAUGUGUAUGAUGUGACUUCCAUGUAUAUAUAAAAAUGAUUGCACCCUAACCAAACUUCCUCAGAUUGUGCACUGUUUGUUUAAAAUAAUCACGUAUUUUAGUCCAAUGCUGUUGUAUUUUUUUUUCAUUUUAUUUAA